CAAUGAGAAAACUGACAUUUUCACCAGUGAUAAUCGCCGAAAAAAGGAAAAAAAAAAUCUCUAACAAGUUCAUUGGUGAUGUCUUCUCAUAUCUCUAUCAUACUUCCCUUGUUGUCAUGAUCCUGCGCUACCACUGCUGCUAGGAGUUGCAGCCAUGAAGACACAGUCGUGAUGGCGAAGACAGACAGACCGACCGGAUCUCCCGCGAAUCAAGCAAAAACUCUGCGCAAAAGGCGUCACCUGUACAUUCGGAAUAUCUUGAAUUCAUGUAAUGAGAUAUGUUUCUAAUCUGCGGCUGGAUGCAAAGACUUGCAGCAGAAUGUAUGUGGAGUUUUUGCUUUUAUUAUGUCCGAUGGAGCAUUGAGUAACAUUUAUAGAUUCUAUUUUCCAUAUCACGUGCGAGGUUAGGAUUCGAAAGAGAACGGAUGCUUGAAAGAACGAGAAAAAAGAGAGAGAGAGAGAGGAAUAUGUCCCGCAUUAUUCUUUUUUUCUACUAGAACUAUAACUAGAAUAUAUCCAGCGCUUACUGAGCUCUAAUAGAAUCUUACAAAAUCUUUACUUUGCCUCACUCACUUCGAUUGAUUGUGCACGGCGGCAGAGACACAGAGAGCUCGUCCUUAGAAUAAACCCUAAUCGCCACUACUAAACCCAUUCCCCAGUUCGUGCAUCGUUUCUUUCGAAUGGCAUUAUCUGUCCAUCACCACAUUACGCUCAAAGUUCCAGAAGUUGGUUGCGGAAAGCGCCAGAGUUCGCUUGUUUAUUUUCUCCGUCACUUUAGGGUCUUUUCUGUAUAUUCGAGUCUGAAGGAAGCUUCAAACUAUAUACCUGCAGCUCCGAUUCUCCUGCCAGAGGGACCAUGGAAACAGAUUCCGGGAGGCGUUACUGCUGCAAAGGGAUUCAAGGCUGCAGGGAUGUAUGGUGGGUUGCGUGCAAAGGGAGAGAAGCCUGACCUUGCACUUGUAACAUGUGACGUUGAUGCUGUUGCUGCAGGGGCAUUUACGACAAAUGUAGUUUCAGCUGCACCGGUUUUAUACUGCAAACAGAUGCUGGAUAAGUCAAAAAUGGCACGUGCGGUGUUAAUAAAUGCUGGCCAAGCAAAUGCUGCAACAGGUGAUGCAGGUUAUCAGGAUGUGAUAGAAUGUGCAAGUGCUGUUGCAAAGCUUCUUGAACUUAGACUAGAGGAAGUUUUAAUUGAAUCUACUGGUGUGAUUGGGCAACGAAUAAAGAAGGAUGCUCUUCUAAGUUCACUUCCAAAGCUAGUUGGUUUGUUGUCAUCAACUACUGAGGGGGCAGAUUCUGCAGCAGUAGCAAUUACAACCACUGAUCUUGUGAGCAAGACUGUGGCCAUUGAGUCAGAGGUUGGAGGAACUUGCAUAAGAAUUGGGGGAAUGGCAAAAGGUUCUGGCAUGAUCCACCCAAAUAUGGCUACCAUGCUUGGUGUGAUAACAACAGAUGCAUGGGUGACCAGUGAUGUCUGGAGGAAGAUGGUGCAGACUGCAGUCAACCGGAGUUUUAACCAAAUCACAGUAGAUGGGGAUACAAGCACCAAUGAUACUGUCAUUGCUUUGGCUAGUGGAAUGUCAGGAUCAAACAUGAUAUCUUCUUUGGAUAGUUAUGAGGCAAAAAAGCUCCAAGUGUGCCUUGAUGCAGUAAUGCAGGGUCUUGCAAAAUCUAUAGCAUGGGAUGGAGAAGGUGCAACUUGUCUAAUUGAGGUCAUGGUAACUGGCACCAACAAUGAGGCUGAAGCAGCAAAAAUUGCACGCUCGGUAGCAUCUUCUUCACUUACCAAGGCAGCAGUAUAUGGCAGAGACCCAAACUGGGGACGCAUUGCUUGUGCUGCUGGCUAUUCAGGGAUUCCUUUCCAGCCAAAUAAGCUUCGCAUAUCACUUGGAGAUAUUCUGCUCAUGGAUGGUGGGCAACCACUUCCUUUCGACAGGAAUGCAGCUAGUGAUUAUCUGAAGAAUGCUGGUAAGACCCAUGGUACGGUUGGAAUUCACAUUUCUGUCGGAACAGGGCAAGGAUCCGGGAAGGCUUGGGGCUGUGAUUUAAGUUACGACUACGUCAAAAUUAACGCAGAGUACACCACAUAAGGACUAUGAUGGUGUCACUGACAGUGGAAGGACUGGAGAGGAAAAUCAAAGAGAGGAUUGUGAAGUUUAACCAAGACUACUUUGUUUCGUCACUAUAUAUCGACUUGGAAGAAUAAAUUAAAUUGAAGAGCCCAAGGAUCCGGGAAGGCUUAAAGGCUACGAUUUAAGUCACGACUACGUCAAAAUUAACGAAAAGUACUGCCACAUGAGGACAAUGACGGUGUCAGUGACGGUGGAAGGACCAGAGAGGAAAACUGAAGAGGAUUAUGAAGUUUACCUUAGAUCUACCUUGUUUUUUCACUAUUUAUGGAGUAUGAACUUGGAAGAAUAAUGAAUAGCUUCUUGGUAUCAGCAGAUCCCAGGGAUGCAAUUAUCCCCGUGACUAACGAUUGAUGAUUGGACGAUCGGUAUCUGUUCGUUCUCGGUAAGCCUCCAAUCCUAUUUUAAUUGUCUGGUUAA